UGUGUUGCUUCCAUACCGUCCAAGCGAAGGAAGGGAUGUCGUUGAUGAGCACUGCUUUCUAACAUCAUAUGCUUUUCUCAUAUGGACAGGUUUGUUCACAGAAAUACCUGAACUAAACAUUAAAUGAAGUUGUUAUUUCCAGUUGGUCCCUGAAAGAAGCUGCUUGUAUUCAGUAUCUGCAUCCAGUCAUGGCAGCUCACCAUGCCCAGAUGACCCUGAAGGAGUUCUGUCCACUCUACUACCUGUACAGCAGUAUCCCUGGCAAGAUCCAGAAAGGAUUUCGCUCCAUUGUAGUGUAUCUGACUGCUUUAGAUGUCAGCAGUGAUUACAUCGCUGUGGGUAGCAGCAUCGGAAUGCUCUAUCUCUACUGCAGGCAGAUCGGCCAGAUGAAUAAAUACAGCCUCGAGGGAAAGAUGGAGACAAUAACGACAGUGAGACUGCUUAGUUGUUUUGAUGAUCUUGUGGCUGUGGGUACUGCUUCUGGUCGGGUUGCAAUCUUCCAGCUGGUGUCACCCUUGCCUGGCAGGAAUAAGCAGCUGAGGCGCUUUGAUGUGGUCGGUCUGCACAAGAGUACAGUGACAGCGCUGGCCUGGAGUGCCAAUGGCAUGAAGCUCUUUUCAGGUGAUGACAAGGGCAAGAUUGUCUACUCUGCAGUGGAUCUUGACCAGGGUACAUGUGUCCCCAGGCUACUGCUGGAGGAGACUUCGGCUAUAGUGCAGCUUGAAUACAGCCAGAAAAUGCUGCUGGUCUCAUCUAACCAACGUUCUCUGCUGUUCUACACCCAAGAUGAGACCUUGCAUCUGAUAGGCACCAAGCCUCGUAAGAGUAAUGGAAAAUUUGGCGCGUGCUUCCACCCAGCCCUUUGCAAGCAGAGUGACAUGUUGGUGUAUGCAGCUCGGCCAGGGCUACGUCUGUGGCGUGCAGACAUUGAAGGAGUAGUUCAGGACACCCAUCUACUGAAGGAGCUCUUUGGCCAAGAAAUCCCGUACUUUGAACUGUUCCCACACUCUGGACCUAUUGGGGGUUACCGCCCCCCAGAGCGCCAGCUGGGCAUAUUGAGAAGCUUCAUGAAGGAGGACUGGGUGCUUAGCUGGAAUGAGUACAGCAUCUAUUUACUGGACUGUCUCAGCCAGGUCAUCAUUGGGGGACUUGACAGCUGUGGAGAUAUAGUUUCUGUCUCUUGUACAGAAAAUGAGAUAUUUAUUCUAAAAGGAGAUCGAGACAUCAUUCGAAUUUCCAACCAGCCCGAGGGCCUGCAUUCACAUUGUUAUGAUAUCUCUUUGCGUCUCAACUCUCCACGAGCAAACUCCACUAUAUUGGUUCCUCCAAGUGGCACCGUGGAGACAGCCCAGCCAAUUAGGACUAUGGCUGUCGUCUCGGAGCAAAAGGACAGGGCGCUGGAUGGAAAGGCAGAGGAAGAGAAUGAUGAAGUGGAGGAACAAUGCAACAUGGGGGAUGGUAGAGUUAUUGUUCUGGAGAAGCUGGUAGUGAGUGAAGGACCCGAGCCGACUGGCAGCACCUGUACCACUGAGCCAUGCAGUCGCAGUAGCUCCAUUACAUCCUGCGACAGUGCUCUGGGUCUGGCCGCUGUCAGCGAGCAGUCCACCUCAGACCUCUCCUCCAGCCGCUAUACCACCAUCACUCAGGAGGAUCUGCAGCAGGAACUAGUGAUUAAGGCUAUCAAGGUUAAGAGAAAGACAAAGCGGAGGAGGCCAGAAAGUGGAAACCGGAUCUCGGAUCAAAACAGCUGGUCGGAUGGCGUUUUCAGUCAGGAAGGUGGAGGCAGCGAUGGGACCUGCACCCCUGUGUGUGAGCUUGCAUCGGAUAGAACUAGCCUGCUGAGCAGCAGCGUGGAUUUACAGAGUAACGACUCCCCUGAUCAGGAUGGAUUGAUCAGCAGGGAUUCCCACUGCAAUGACCCCUUCACUUUGCUUAUCUCUCCAGAUCAUGCUUUUUGUGGAGAGUGUCAGAGCCCUGAAAAAAAAUGUUUGCCUAGUAUGGGACUUUGGGGGACCCCUACUUCCUCUCCACAUCUUUCACCUUCCCAGGUUUUGGAUGAACACUGCUCUACACAGCCAGAAGAGAAUGGCCAUGAGCAAGUACAGACAGAAAAUGGAAAUUACUCUGAAGCUAUUACUCCAGAUGUGGACUCACUCCUGGAAUGUACUUUUUCAUAUAUAAAAGCAGCUGCUGAUGGGGACCGCAGUGAGGUGCUGGAUGCACCAAGUCUGGACCCACACCUAGACGUCUCAGACUCUAAAACUGUGGAGAGCAGAGACCCAAUGAUCUCUUCCACUAUCGAACUGUUACCUCAGUUUCGCUACCCAGUCGAGCCAGAGCUGUCGGUUUCAAGUGACGAUGAUGACAUCUAUGGUCAUGCAGUGGCUCGCUCUUCCUCCAGUUCUAGCCUAGCAGACAUUCUGCAUGCUUCCCAUUUCCAGAGCUCCAAAGGCAAGAAGACCGAUCAAAAUGAAUCAGACAUUCACAAAUCCGAUCAGUUAGCGGAGAGCUGGAUGGGGUAUUCAGGGCCAGGCUGUGGAAUCCUCAGUCUAGUGGUUACUGACAGGUACAUAUGGUGCCUUGACUUCAAAGGAGGGCUGUACUGCAGCGCGUUGCCAAACGAUGGUAUCCGCUGGCAGAAGUUUGAGGACAAUGUCCAGCAGGUGGCAGUGUCACAAUCAGGGUCACUGCUGUGGAAAGUAGAGCAGAAAACCAACAAGGCCUUUGCUUGUGGAAAGGUCUCCAUCAAAGGCAAAAGACACUGGUACGAAGCCCAUACCCAGACAGCCUUUGUGGCUCUCAGUGAUGACAGCGCUUGGAUCAUCUGCACCAAUGGAGACCUCUACCUACAGACUGGACUGAGCGGAGAUCGUCCCUGUGCCCGGGCCGUGAAAGUGGACUGUCCAUGUCCUUUUGCCCAAAUCACAGCAAGGGGCAGUGUGGUGUGGGCUUUAAGUGAACAAGGAACGGUCUUUUACAGAGAGGGGCUCAGUAGCUUCUGUGCUGAGGGGGAGCAGUGGAAGUAUGAUACAGUCAGUGAAAGGCAAGGUCUGAAGCCAGUAUGCAUUUCCCUAGGGUGUCAGCAUACUGUCUGGGCCUUGGAUAACAAUGGAAACCUCUGGUUUAGGUCUGGCAUUACUGCUAAGAAACCCCAAGGAGAAGACAAAUACUGGUGGCAGGUCAGCAUUACAGAUUAUGUGGUAUUUGACCAAUGCAGCAUCUUCCAAACCCUGAUCCAGGCAACUCAGAGUGUGGCAACUGCCACUAAGGCACCAGUGGAGAGAGUUGCAGACCGCCUGCGAGUUGCUUUCUGGCCCCAGCAACCCCAUUGUCAAUUUAACCUGGUCAGUGCCAACAAUAAUGGAAUAUGGAUUGCAUCUAGCCGGAACGACAUUCAUGUGGCCAAGGGUAACCUCAUUGGUACUUACUGGAAGAAUGUUGUCCCUAGAGGAACGGCCUCCACCACCAAGUGGGCCUUUGUUUUCUCUUCAGCUGCAUCAACGAAAGAAGGGAGUUUUCUGUGGCUAGGACAGAACAAGAAGGACCUUUUGUGUUUGUGGGACCAAGAUGCACAGCUGCAUCCCUCUACAGUACAGUUGCCUGCUGAAAUUGAGAUGGUUCAGCUGUCUGCUUGUCGCGAUGCUUUGUGGGGGAUAGACAGCCAAGGGAGAAUUCACAUCCGCACCUUGUCUCCCAGUUGUCCCACUGGCAUUCACUGGACACUACUUGACCUAAGCCAGCUUGGGAAUGUGAGGCUUGUUAGUUUUUCCUGUGGAAAUCAGAAUGUGUGGGCAUGCGAUGAAAAUGGAAUUAUUUAUUUUCGGGUUGGCACCCAGCCGCUCAACUCGAGCAUGAUGCUCCCUGCUUGGAUCUGCAUUGAACCACCAGAACAGCCAGUCGGGAUGCAUUUGAUUAGUGUUCAUACAAGUCCCAAUGACCGCAUGCUGUGGGCCAUUGACAGCAGGGGAAAUAUACAUGUGCGUACUGGAAUCUCAGAGGAGAUGCCUGUGGGCACAGACUGGGAACAUAUUCCAGGUCUGCAGGCCAGUCAUCUUGCUCUGAGUGUAAGAACUGUGUGGGUGCAGUGUCCCAACGGGGAAGUAGCCCGGCGCUAUGGCAUCACGGAUAAGAACCCAGCAGGAGACUACUGGAAAAAAAUCCCUGGCUUGAUCAGCAAGCUGACAGUGACCCCUGAAGAUGAAUUGUGGGCCAUCAGUGUCACUAGCAGUCUGAUUCGUAGACUGACAAAGCCCUUCCAAAACAACAUCUCCAAAUCCAAGACCAGUUUAGGGUCCAUGGGUUGUGAAGAUCUGGAGGAUGAGUGGGAGGUAAUUUAAAAAAUAAAGUGGUUCCAUAGCUCUGCAGUUUGCACUUCAGUUAAAUAGUUUUACGCUUUAGUGGAUGAAAAUUUUUGUAUUUUUAAAAUAAACGUGCAAAUAUCAAUGAGGGAAAGAGAGUGAGAGCUUAAUGUAUGUUAGGAUACAGAGUGUCAGGGCCCUAAUUUGUCAAAACUAAGUUGCCGGAAGUAUUAAUGGCCUGAGUUUUGACAUGUUCUGAUUACAGGUGGUCCCGAUUUACGAUGGGGUUACGUUCCACGAAACCCAUCGUAAGUCGAAAAUGCAUUUUAUACACCUAAUGCACACCUCUGUGUUAUUAAAGACUGGGGGAUGCGGAUCGCUGCCGCUGCCCAGCAUCACGAGAGAGUUUCGCCCCGCAUAUCGCUUGCCUG